AUGUAUGGUUUUGUGCUUGAUAUUUACAAUAAUUCAACACAACCCCUCAACUAUAUUUUUACGUGGUCUAUGAAGAAUGGAACCAACGGAGAUCGAUCGACUCAACUGUGGCAUUUCAUUCGAGAUAAUACCAUUGAAAACGGAGCUACUGGAAAUGUUUUGGAUACCUAUACUGAAAUCCAUGGAGUCAAUAUGGUUGCAUGGCUUAGGUAUGGGCAGCCAAGCCAGUUAUGGACUGUGACUGGCACGUCUAUAUAUUGCCCAGGUUCAGUCAAGACCUUAGAAAUCGCAGGACGAAACAUGACAACUGAUGCGACUGUUAUUGUAUUUCUAUUGAAUGGUAAUGUGAAUUAA